AUGGCUCUUGCACAGCGAGUUGACACCUUUAAACAAAAGGGGAUAUCAGAAACAUAUCGACAAGGGAGCUCAGGCAGUCUUAUAACAUGUUUUGUCACCCAACCGGAUAAUAUUGUCCUCCAUAUUGAUGUCGAUACAAAAGCAAAUGGUGAGGAAGUUCUAAAUAAGGUAUGUACCCUUCUCGGAAUCCAGGAUGAAGCGGAUUACUUUGGAUUACAGUAUGCCCUUUCGAAAGGUGAUCUGAUUUGGUUGAACAUGAGAAAUCGAUUAUCCAAGCAGGUUCCCGGUAACCCCCCUUUUAACCUCUUUUUCAAAGUGAAAUACUUCGUUCCUCCGUACAAUCUAGUCCUAGAAGAGACAAAACAUCAGUUCUACCUCAACACCUUACAGCAGUUGAAACUUGGAUUAUGGGAUGCAGACACAUCUCUGGAACUCCAAUCCCGUUUAAUCGCCCUCAUGACCUACGUUCAGUUCGGUAGCUUCAACGCUUCCACCACUCCUUGUAAAUACGCCUGUUUCUGGUCAGAUCGUCGGGCUGAAGUGCCCCACGAAGUCCUCUCAAUCGCAGCCAACUACCACAAACAACUCACUGGAAUGUCUGUGAGAGCUGCCGAGUACGAACUGCUUCGUAUUGCACACGAGGAGGUGCCGGCGUUUGGUGUCUACUUUUAUAAGAUUUUAGACAUGUUUGGACAUCGACUUCUGAUGGGCGCGGGACCAGAAUAUGUGGCAUUAUGUCAAUUGGACGGGACUUUUAUUGAACGAUUUCCCUACUGUCGACUGAAGACAGUGACAAUUGCAGGCCGUGUUGUAACCCUGAAUCUCCUUGAAGAUGACGGAUCUGUGAAAAUGCGGAAUUAUGAGUUAGCGAGCAAACGCUCGGCGGACUGUCUUUAUCGAUCGAUAACGGAGCUCCACUGCUUCUUCCGUUGUGAUAAUAUCAGGGAUGAUGUAUUGAACCGCACAAAUCCUUCCUUCUCCAUCUUUGAUCAUAAUGGAGGUCGUGAAUACACCUUCGACGUUCGCUAUACAAGUCGAGAGGUUCACGACCGAGCACGUCGAAAUUUGUAUCACGCGGCAACCGAGGCCUCCUCAAACUCCAUGCCAGCAAUGGGAGGAGCGUCUCAACCGCUGAUUGGUUCAAUUCCCCAUACUGGAAGUGAAGGUCAUGGUGGUAAUGCCUCAACAUCCUCUCUCAACCGCACAUCACAUAGCAACUCCCUUGUCAGCAUGGAAGAGGUGAGCACACCGUAA